AGCGCUCCCAGGCUUCUCCCGGCUGAGGCACCGAAGGGCGCUGCAGAGAGUCGCCCGCGGGUUAGCGGCGACGGGAACGCGAGGGACGGCCUUUCCCACUGCCGUGUGGGCCGCCACUGGCUCGCAGGCACUAUCUCGUCUGGAAGGUCCUCGCAAGGCGCUGGAGCUCCCCCCACGGAUCUGUGGGGGCACACAGCAGGCGAAAUCACCCAGAGGCCCAUGGGAGCCUGGAGGUCUGGCGAGAGAAGCAGGCUUUUCUGCGCGGCCCCUUUGUGUGGAGCACGGCUGCGUGCGGGGAGCGGGCGUGGCCGGAGGGACGGGCGUGCAUUUCCGUGCUGCCUCGGCCCCGGCGGGAGCACGACAACAAGACGGAGCGGUUUGGCGCAGCGGCUCGGCUCGGCACGGCGUGGUGGCACCCUUGGCGCUGGCGUCCGUCUGCGCUGACGUGGGGAAGGUCUGGGAGCGCCUCCGUGCCCUGCCGUGUUCAUGGACUAGCCGAGGCAGUGGAGGGAUCUCCGGUUACGCUGACCGCCGCCUCGCCCUCUGCCCAACUUGGCGAAACUUAAGAGAGCAGGCUGCUGUCCUCGACACUGCUUUAGAAGAUGCACUAUUACCGAUACUCUAAUGCAGAAGUCAGCUGUUGGUACAAAUACCUGCUCUUCAGCUACAAUAUUGUCUUCUGGCUAGCUGGAGUGGCCUUCCUUGCAGCUGGUCUGUGGGCAUGGAGUGAAAAGGGUGUGUUGUCUGAUCUGACAAAGGUGACUGGUCUUCAUGGUCUGGAUCCAGUGGUGCUUGUGUUAGUGGUGGGAAUAGUGAUGUUUACAUUAGGAUUUGCUGGUUGCGUUGGAGCGCUGAGAGAGAAUAUCUGCCUUCUGAAGUUUUUCUGUGGAGCUAUUGUGUUCAUAUUCCUGCUGGAGCUGGCAGUGGCAGUUCUGGCUUUCCUCUUCCAGGACUGGGUGAGGGAUAGGGUCAAGGAAUUCUUUGAGAAUAACAUUAAGUCCUACCGGGAUGAUAUUGACAUCCAGAACCUCAUUGAUUCACUACAGAAAAUAAACCAUUGCUGUGGUGCCCAAGGUCCAGAAGACUGGGACUUCAACAUAUACUUCAAUUGCAGCAGUGAAAGCAAAAGCCGAGAGAAGUGUGGUGUUCCUUUUUCCUGUUGUAUACCUGAUCCUGCUCAAAAGGUUGUGAAUACACAAUGUGGCUAUGACAUCAGAAAGAAGAGCAAGAGUGAAUGGGAUGAUCAGAUUUUUGUCAAAGGAUGUAUUCUUGCUCUUGAAGCUUGGUUACCUCAAAACAUCUACAUUGUUGCAGGUGUCUUCAUAGCUAUCUCAUUGCUACAGAUUUUUGGGAUUUUCUUAGCCAGGACAUUGAUUUCUGAUAUUGAAGCUGUAAAGGCAGGUAAUGCCUUCUGAAUACAAAAGCAGACACCUGUUGCAAGAAAGUGUUUUGCAGUUCCUGAUCAGACACCAAGAUGGAAGAAAAGCACAGACCAUGAAAUACCCUGUUAUUAAAAGCCUUACCUGGAUUUUACCUUCCUUGUGCUUUUGGUUAAAAGCUGGUACAGAAGAAAUGCCUGCACCUGUGUGCACACUCAUCCCCCAAUCCACUCUCCAACACAUAUCUACCUGUUGUCUCUUGAGAUGUCUCAGUGCACCAGUAUCUAUCUCUGAGGAAGAAAUGAAACUUCACAAGACAUGGGUAGAACAGAUUAUAAAGAAUGUAGCAAGGAGACAUGAAACUGCUGUAGACUCUUUCCUUGGAGGGUUACCGUGAAGAUUCUUCCAUUUUCACCCCCAAACGUCAUCAGUCUCAAAAUGUAGUCUUUUCAGAAGGUGUGUUGAUUUUUUUCAUGAUCUUCAAGUUUGCUUUAAUCUCCACUGUAGACUCAUACAUAUUUUUUAACAAGAUACUUAGUAACCAUAAGCAUCAUGGUAUUGGAAGUUGUGAAAAAAGAAGCCACAAAUCCUCUGCUUCAGUUGACUUUUCAGUUGACUUUCCGUUGUGCAGAAAUUAGAAGUAUUUCUGUUUGACUGGGAUCAAUGUAGGUGUCUCAGGAGCAAGAAUUUGUGCUCAGCAUCAGAGCUUGAUUAGUCCAAGCUGUUUAAAAAGUGCAAGCCUGUUCUCAAGAGGGGAAAAAUCUGGGUACCCUGUAGCAUUAUAUGCUAGAAAUACGCUAUUUCAGGCAAGAGGGUGUGAAUCCUUGAUGCUGUUACCAGUUUGAACAGAAGUUAACUAUUCUUUAUUUAUAGAAGAAAAAACUCUUGGAAAUGUUCAGCUUUUUAUUGAUUUGUAGUAUCUUUGAAAACUGCUGUCUGCAGGACUUCCAAAAGGCAGCUUCUUUCAGUAGCUAGAAAGCAUACUCUGCUAGCCCGUGUCUAGUUUGUCGCAACUGCUGUAUUCAUCAUCUUCAUACACUGCUGAUAUCAGGACUGAUGAUAAACGUUUGAAUUCAGCAUUGAUUUUUUUACAGAAAUCCUUUUUCUAAUGAGGAAAUACACAUUUAGUAAAAAAAAAUAGUGUUGUGGACUUUUUAAACCUUUUGUAAAGCUAUUAAAUCAUCAGAUCUAUGGAUAUUCUGGUACAUGGUUGAAAUGCCAGCACAAAAAUAGGGUGAACCAGAAUUUCUUAGGGUUUUUUUUCCCAUCAAACUGACCUACUGCUGCUGAGGUGCAUUGCUUUCUUCUUUAUUUUAUCAGAAGGAAAUUAAAAUAUCUUCUUCCUUUCCUGCCUUUGUGGAAGGUGCAAUAGGUGGCUCUGUAGUUCAGCAAGAGUUACAGUGUUCUCUAAAAGACUUCAGCGUAGUAAUUUUGAGCUUUAAGAUAGAAGUAUGUGACUGAAAAGUUCAUGAACUAGGUAGCUGUAGCUGUCAGUUUUACUGUGGGCUGUAUAACUAACCUUGGUUACUGCUUCCAGUGACACCGUUUCUUUUUUCAGGGAGAGCAGAUUUAUUUACAGUGCCUAACACAGUGUAAAUUCUAGAGAACUAUCUAUUUUUAUAAUGAUAUUUUACUACGUGUAGUCUGCCUGGAGAAUUUAAUACUUGUAUUUCUGAAGCAUCUGGCUUUCUUGGAAAGCCAGAUUUUUAAAGGUCUCCCAUGUCCUGUUUUAGUAUGCAUGUAUUAACCAACAUUUGGCUGACAAAGGCUGAUCAACAAUAAGAAUCUUUGUGUCUGCCAUUGACUUUUUUUUUUUUCCCCAGACAUCCUUCAAGCUUUUUAUCUGUGAAACAGACAGUGCAGUAUUUCUCAUGUGUACUUCAGUUAGGCUUUCAUAGUUCUUUUUCUGGCCAAUGACUGAAACACAACAGGAAAAGGAAGCUUGUCUGAAUGUGGCUGAUUUCCUCACACUAGCAGAGAACAGUCUGCUAUUACUCAUCUGAAAACCUGAAAGUAAAAUCAUGUGGGUUGUUUUUUUUGCCUUUUUAGCUUUGAUAUGCAAGGAAACAAUAGCAGCAGAUCACUGAGAGGAGAGCAAAAGGCAUUUCUUCUGUAGAGCCUUGAUUUUUGAGAUCUCUAUUACUUCUGUUGAAUUUAGUCCAUUUGGAGCAACUAAAAAUUCACUGUUGCUACUGCUUGUUUGCAAGUAGCAAAGCAGUGUCCAGCAGCCUUUGUGUUAAACUCUGGUGCUUGAAACUUUAUGGCACUUCAUCAAACAGCUCACUCUUGGGUAUAGUUAAUAGUCAGAUAUAUGUAGAACUGGAAAAGGAUGCUUUCCACUUGUAACUUGUUAUACAUAAAACAGAGCAUUGAAAAUUUGGUCUAGGGAGUGUAUCUCCGUUGUUUGACACAGCUCUUAAUGCUGGAAAGUAAUUUCAGCAGGGAGGAAAUCACGAUCGUGUCAAAGCUACCUGCGGAGUUCGUGCACUGAAAUCAGCUGCUGCCAAGACCCAGCAUCAUGGAUCACAAUGCCGGUGCCUGCAAGCCUUGGCAAGUUACCCGAAGGCAAAUGGAAUACUUCGUUUCUUUGUGCAGUGGUGUUUGUAUGUGAAACAAAAUUUAACUCAAGCGUUGCCUUUCUGCAGUUUGGUCUUACUGGCUGUGGCCACACUGACAUCAGCUUUGUAUCAAUGCUCCAGUUAUUUGGAACUGAAUUCAGAAGACUUAAGUUCGUCCAGUUUUAAGAUCUUCAAUGAAGUGAUUUGUUUUCCUUGUGGAUAGACUUCUCUGCAUAUCCAGUAUUGCUUUUUAACCCCUGGAGCCUAGGCUGAGUUACCCCGAGGCAUUUUGAAGUGCAUCUCCGUUGGUGGUGCACAUGGCUAGUGUAAUUUCAGACUUGGAAUACUUCUUUCCACUUUAUACUUAACUUGUGUCUAGCAUUUUCUCUGUGGAACUGUCAGGGACUUCACAGGCUAAAGAUUUAGGUUAUGGUUUAAAAAAACAACUGGGUGCGAGCCUGCCUCUAAAGCCUUGAAGCAGAAACUGUUCCAUGAUCUCACCAAGAGAGAUUGGAUAAAUUGUUGAUGUUGAGAUUUUGGUAGUUGCAUCUGGAUCAACUGAACAAACACUACAGUGGAAACAAGGGUUUUAAUGAAGAUGUCAAACAUAAGAUCAGACUUGAAUAACUUCUUGGCGUGAUGACUUAUUCCUCAAAAAGCAACAUAAUUUAUUUCUGCAAAGUAUUGUAUUUGUCAGUAUGUUCAACAGUGCAACUGCCCUUCUGUUUCUCUUACUAUGCUUGCAUUUGGACACAGUUUCCCUGUACGUAAAGGUGGAAUAUAAGUACUGAAAAAAAGUGCAGUGACCAAAGGAGCUUUGGUUGCUUCCUGAAAACCUGAAUAUUUCUUCCAAAGGGGUCUUAAGUUUUGGUGCCCCUCAUAGAGUGCCAUGAUGACAGACUUGUACCUCCAGUCUGCUGAGGUUGAUAACAGCAUGUAGAGUUACCUUGUUUUUUUGGUCAUCCUAUUUUAUGCUUUCUUCUUCCUUCCCUCUGCCACAUGUGGGUUGUCAUGCAGCUUGAACAUUGUGUAUGCAGCUUGAACAUUGUGCAUCCAGUAGAAGGGGAAGUUCUGUCUCUUCCGAAAUGGCUUUUCUGAGUGACUUCCAAGACUUUUUUUUUUCUCCUCAAGUCUUAAAUUUGAUUAAAUAAAUUUUAAUGUUUUGUA